AGAGCGCCCUGCUCCUCCUUCAGCUGCUGGCGUCGCCGCGCGGGGAGAAAGAAGCCGUCGCUCCGGCGCGGGGAGAGCUGCACAGCCGCGGGCAGAGGAGGAGGCCGCGGCCGAGCCCCGCAGCCCGAUACCCCCAAUCCAAGCGACCUCCUUUGGAGCAGGCGGAGAAGGUGGCAUAGGCGACCGGGAGGUUUCGCCCACCCGGGACACGCACCCACAGUCACCUCCAAAGAUCCCCCUCCCUGAGUUUCUAGAGGCUGCUCCUUCAUCACCGGAGUCGCCCCUACCUCUCCGCCCCCAACCCCAGAGCAGCAGGCGGGGACCCCCGGAUCGGACGUCCCCAAGCCUCCGGGCACCUGGCUCAGCAGGAGGCUCCCGGCUCGGGGCAGGGCAGGGCCGGCGGCGGCGAGCCGGAGCCCGCCCCCUGCCCGGGCCCCGCCGAGCCCUCGGAGCCCACCCAUGGGGCACCUGCCCCUUGCGCCUCCUUGCCCGGCCGCGCCCAGCCCGGCGUCCCGAGCCGCGCAGGGGAGGAUCCCCGCGCAGUGACCCGGGAGCCACCACAGAGUCUGGGAGGCUCGGCGGCUGGAGCAGCAGGCGGCUCCCCGCAGCUCUCGGCGCUUCCAGGCAGCUCUCCCAGCCGUGCCAGAGGCCGGGCCCGCCAUUCCCAGCCCCGAGCCAUGAUGAAGACUUUGUCCAGCGGGAACUGCACGCUCAGUGUGCCCGCCAAGAACUCAUACCGUAUGGUGGUGCUGGGCGCCUCUCGGGUGGGCAAGAGCUCCAUUGUGUCUCGCUUUCUCAAUGGGCGCUUCGAGGACCAGUACACACCCACCAUCGAGGACUUCCACCGCAAGGUGUACAACAUCCGCGGCGACAUGUACCAGCUGGACAUCCUGGAUACCUCCGGCAACCACCCCUUCCCCGCCAUGCGCAGACUCUCCAUCCUCACAGGGGAUGUCUUCAUCCUGGUGUUCAGCCUGGAUAACCGGGAGUCCUUCGAUGAGGUCAAGCGCCUCCAGAAGCAGAUCCUGGAGGUCAAGUCCUGCCUGAAGAACAAGACCAAGGAGGCGGCAGAGCUGCCCAUGGUCAUCUGUGGCAACAAGAACGACCAUGGCGAGCUUUGCCGCCAGGUGCCCACCACCGAGGCCGAGCUGCUGGUGUCCGGCGACGAGAACUGCGCCUACUUCGAGGUGUCGGCCAAGAAGAACACCAACGUGGACGAGAUGUUCUACGUGCUCUUCAGCAUGGCCAAGCUGCCGCACGAGAUGAGCCCUGCCCUUCAUCGCAAGAUCUCCGUGCAGUACGGUGACGCCUUCCACCCCAGGCCCUUCUGCAUGCGCCGCGUCAAGGAGAUGGACGCCUAUGGCAUGGUCUCACCCUUCGCCCGCCGCCCCAGCGUCAACAGUGACCUCAAGUACAUCAAGGCCAAGGUCCUUCGGGAAGGCCAGGCCCGCGAGAGGGACAAGUGCACCAUCCAGUGAGCGAGGGAUGCUGGGGCGGGGCUUGGCCAGUGCCUUCAGGGAGGUGGCCCCAGAUGCCCGCUGUGCGCAUCCCCCCACCGAGGCCCCCGCAGCAGUCUUGUUCACAGACCUUAGGCACAGACGGGAGGCCCCCCGGGCGCUGGCUUCCGCACAUUCGUCUGCCUUCUCACAGCUUUCCUGAGUCCCCUUGUCCACAGCUCCUUGGUGGUUUCAGCUCCUCUGUGGGAGAACACAUCUCUGCAGCCUCACACCUUCCUCUCCUGGAGUUGGAAGGAAUGUUGAUCCCAGAGGGGUGAGGAUUGCUGCAUCAUAUGGAGCCUCCUGGGACAAGUCUCAGGAUGCAAAGGACACGGAAGGCCAGAUGAGAAGGGUCUCCUCUCUCCUGGCGUAACACCCAGCUUGGUUUGGGUGGCAGCUGGGAGAACUCUCCCAGCCCUGCAACUCCUACCCUCUGGGUUAGCUGCCUCUGCACCCCCUCCCACCCCCAGCACACACACAAGUUGGCCCCCAGCUGCCCCUGACAUUGAGCCAGUGGCGUCUGUGUGUUUGAAGGGGGCGUGGCCACACCUCCUAGACCACGCCCACCCCUAGACCAAGUUCCUCAGCCUCCUCUCCCAGGUCCCUCCGCCCCACAGUUGUGCUUUGUUGUGGUUGCAGCUGUUUUCGUGUCAUGUAUAGCAGUAGAAAUGGAAAUCAUUGUACUGUAAAAGCCUAGUGACUCCCUUCUUGGCCAGGCCCUCACCCAGUUCAGAUCCACGGCCUCCUCUGGGGACGCCUUCCUCCUCUACUCCCAAACAGGGUUUCCAUGGCCUGUCUGCAGCUAGACAUUGACCUCCGCCAUUGAACUCCACGGUUUACAGACAAUUGCACAAGCGUGGGGUGGACAGGCCAGGGCUGCUUUUUUUAAUGCUCCCAUUUCACAGAGGAUACCACUGAGAUUCGGAGGGGACGUGAUCAGCCCCAAGCCACAACCCUGUCCCCUAGCAAGUUCAGGGUACAGCUCCACCUAGAACCAGGCUGUCCUCUACUGUGCUCGUUCCUCAAGCAUUUAUUAAGCACCUACUGGGUGCUGGGUUCACUGUGUCCUAGGAAACCAAGAGGGUCCCCAGCCCUGGCCCCUGCUGCCCCACCACCUUCUGCACACACAGCGGUGGGGAGGCAGGGAAGAGCAGCUGGGACCCAGAACUGAGCCUGGGAGGGGUCCAACAGAAAAGCUCAGGGCAGGUCUUCUCCUUGUGCCCGGGAUUGGGCUAUGCUGGGUCCAACCAUGUACUCAGGCAUGGUGGGUUUGAACCCAUAAACCAAAGGCCCUUGUCAUCAGCUCUUAACAAGUAUAUUUUGUAUUUUAAUCUCUCUAAACAUAUGGAAGUUUUCGGGCCCUAAGGAACCUUAGUGAUCAUAUAAUGGGUCUUUCUGAGGUCCAGAGAGGGUUAGUAACUUCCCCCAGGUCACACAGCAAGUCUGUGGGUGGCAGAAGCAAGCUAGUGCUGGGCAUUCAGUACCUACCACGAUGUGCCCCCUCUCUUGAUGCUUGGCCCCUGGGGCCUUCAGGGCUUUGGGACAUCUUGUCCUCAACCCUCUCCCUAGAUCAGUCUGUGAGGGUCCCUGUAGAUAUUGUGUACCCCAUGCCAAUGUAUAUACAAGUACACACAGAUGUACACACAGAUGUACACAUGCUCCGGCCCCAGCUCUGCAUACCUGCACCUGCAUCUCAGCCUUGGCCCCUGCCUGCGUCUGUGCUGAACGCAGCAGCUCCAACCCCGCCUCUGUCCCCUUCCCCACCCCCUGCCUGAGCCCCCUGAGCAGACCAGGCACCUUGGCUGCACCAGUGUGUGGCCCGCUCUCUCCCAGGCACAGCCCCGCUGCCAUGGAUCUCCGUGUACACUACCAAUAAAAGUGGGUUUGUUACAAAGCUG